CGAUUGCAACUCCGCCCGGUCUGCCUGCAUGCAUCUGCUCCUUGCAUCCUUGUCUUUGAUAUAACAAAACAGCAGACGAAGAAACGAAAAGGACUUAUACAAGUGCGUCCAUCCAUCUGCUUGAGAAGUGCACUAUCUUUCUAUUGGUAAAGAUGGUUAAACUGGGGAGUAAUCUACAAGACAAAGGCGCUAAACCGGUCAGUGUGGAGGAUGGCUUCCAAAACGUGCCGCUCAUCACCCCUCUGGAUGUCGGUAAUCUCCAGUAUGGAGCCCCAGACAAGGUGGUGGUGAAGACACGGACUGAGUACCAAACGGACCAGAAGAAAACCAAGCUGAAGGUGCCCAAGGUGGAGGAGUUCACCAUCAGCUUCACUGAUGGAGUAUCAGAGAGAAUCAAGGUCACUAUCCUCAUAGUCCUGGCCUUGGCCUUCCUGGCCUGCAUAGUGUUCCUGGUGGUGUACAAGGCGUUUACCUACGACCACAGCUGCCCAGACGGAUUCAUAUACAAGCAUAAGCGGUGCAUCCCUGCCUCUCUGGAGGCCUACUACACUGCUCAGGAUGCCAACUCCCGAGGGCGCUUCUAUACGGUGAUCAGCCACUACAGCAUGGCCAAGCAGACCACCUCUCGCUCCGUCUCUCCCUGGCUCCCUGCUGGCGCUGCCCCGCACGACGCCAAGCCGCCCAACACAGACGGGCACUGAGUCUGCCUGCCCAACCCUCCCACCAACCCCACCUCGUCUGCCCGUCUUCAUUCCAAGCUUUUAACAGGGAGUGUCCGUCUCCCCAGUGUCUUGCUCGGCUCAGAGUACUCUCACACCCGCCUUCCUGCCCGUAUCUGAAUCUCCCUUCUCUCCCGGCUGUCUCUGUUCUCAUCCCUCUAUGUAUUUAUUAUUUAUCAU